AUGGGUAUUAGCCGUGAUUCCCGCCAUAAGCGAUCUGCUACAGGUGCCAGACGCGAUCAGUACAGAAAGAAGAGAAAGUUUGAAUUAGGUCGUCAAUCAGCCAAUACAAAGUUAGGAGCUAAGCGUAUUCACCUUGUUCGUGUCCGUGGUGGUAACGUCAAACGUCGAGCUCUUCGUCUUGAAUCCGGUAAUUUCUCUUGGGGUUCUGAAGGUAUAUCUUGUAAGACUCGUCUCUUGACUGUUGUUUACAAUGCUUCCAACAAUGAAUUGGUUCGUACCAACACAUUAGUCAAAGGUGCUGUGAUUCAGAUUGAUGCUACACCUUUCCGCCAAUGGUUUGAAUCUCAUUAUGCUACUUCUCUUGGUAAAAAAAAGGUUGUUGACGAAGUGAAAGAAGAGAAGAAAUCAAAAGCCGUAGAAAAAAAAUUAGUUGCUCGCGAUGCUACGAUUGAUCCUCUUUUAAACGAUCAAUUCCAUGCUGGCCGUCUUUAUGCUGUCAUUAGCUCUCGUCCAGGUCAAUCAGGUCGUUGUGAUGGCUAUAUUCUUGAAGGUAAGGAACUGGAGUUCUACCUUCGUAAAAUCAAGUCUCGUAAAUAA